UUUCACGGCAGUGUUCGUCGAAAUUUUGCAUUAGGCUUGAUUGCAAACGUUUUAGCUAGCCACGCUACUCUUCAGUCUUGUCGGAUUUCCAGGUGGCCGUCAUCGGGACACGUGCGAAGAUGAGGAAGCGACCAAACAUUCUGUUAACAGGAACCCCUGGUGUCGGAAAGACCACUCUGGGAAAGGAGCUGGCACAGCGGACAGGGCUGACCUAUGUUAACAUUGGAGACCUGGCCCAGGAAGGUCAACUUUAUGAUGGCUAUGAUGAAGAGUACCAAUGCCCUAUUUUGGAUGAAGACAGGGUGGUGGAUGAGCUGGAUGAGAAGAUGGUAGAAGGUGGUCAAAUUGUUGACUAUCAUGGCUGUGACCUGUUCCCUGAACGCUGGUUCCACAUUGUCUUUGUCCUCCGUACUGACAACACCCAGCUGUACACUCGGCUAGAGAGCAGGGGUUACACAGGAAAGAAGCUGCAGGACAAUGUGCAGUGUGAGAUCUUCCAGACCAUCUACGAGGAGGCCGUAGAGGCCUACAAUGAGGAGAUUGUUCAUCAACUACCCAGCAACACGCCGGACGACCUGGAACGCAACCUGGAACAGAUAGUACAGUGGACUGAGCAGUGGAUGAAGGACCAUAACUAGGAGCCAAACUCUGCCAGGUCAACAAAUGUUAUGGACAAUUAAACCUGAAUUCUAUUUUUGAAUCUUCACUUAGCUGCCAUAAACACUGAUAUGUUCAAAAUAUAAUCACUUUCUUCAGUGACCUACCAUUACUUGCAGGGAUGGCUGCUGGACCAACCCACUCUCUCAAAUGGUUGAACUUUAAAGUAGCUGAAAGUAAGAAACACUGCUACUGCUUGAUUCUAAUAAUCCAUUACAUGAUAUUUAAUUAGUGAAAAGUAUUGUCAAAACCAAAUAUGAGUCACAAUCUGGCUUCCCAGAGUUUAAUAAAUGUGACUGACUGUGAUACUGGCAUUUACAAUGCUCAGCUCAGUCCAUGUAGAUAAAGUCAUUGAUGUCAGCAUGGGUAAAUCUGAAAACAGAUCACCUUAUUUUACUCUUAAGCAAAUUUUUGGUCACACACUUCUUUGGUUUGUUGCGCUACAGUAACUGAGUGAAGAGUAGAGGCUUUUGUGGGCACAGCCACACAGCUAGCCUUUUUGUGAGGUGUUUAUUAAACAAGGCAAAGUUGUAGUGCCUAUCAAUAAGCAGAUGUUUAGCAAGUGAGGCAUUUUGGAUGCAGUUAUAUUUUAUUCUGCCUCCAGGAGAUGCUCUGAAUUUAGGUAAAGAUUAAGUCUCGAUUCAGUGCUGAUGUGGACAUUACCAGAUAUAUAGCACAACAUGGAGGUGAAAGCAGUGCUCUGUUUAUUUAGAUAUGUGUGCACAAAAGGCUAGAGUAAGGGUAAGCCUCUGAGAAGAAACUUCUUCCUGCUGCUUUGCCCUGCACUGUUUCACUUGUAACAAAUUAUCACGAUCUUAUUAUUGAUUUUUUUUUUUUUUUUUUUUUUAAUUGUCGUGAUUGUUGUAUUAUUAGUUGUGCAGCCCUAAUUCAAAUCAUUUUUCAAAAAUUAAUGACAAAUGGGAAACAGGUUUCUCAUCUUUCUCCUAGUGGUGUUUAUGCAGCAAAGCUACAUAUCAAACCUCCCUAACAAACAAACACGUGUGAUGUGAUCCCAUUUUUUGUUGUAAUUCAAAGCCAAGCAGCUGAUGUUUGAGUUCUCCUUUCUGAGGCAGUUUGCUUGAAGCAGCUUUAAAGAAAGUUGCGCCAAAGAAAAUGUUACACAGUAAAUCCACGAAUAACUAUUUUGGUUAUCUUUAAAAUGAAGGAUCUUUCAAGACUUUGCAGGUUUUCUGAUGAUAAUGGAGGCAGCUAAAGAGCUAGUUAUAGUUGUGAUUAAAAUUACAGUUGGAGUUGAAUCUCAUUCUGUGAUUUUUAGCUUGUCUCUAUUCAGAAAUAUGCGGAGUACCAAUAAUAGGAGCUGACACCCAUGCCUGAGCAUGCCAGACAUCUCUAAAUUCCAAACAUCCCAUAUAAGAUUUUUAUUUUUUUAUUUAAACAAAGUUUUCCUUUGAGAGCUCUGUUUUUUUUUUUUGGACUGACCACCCAUCUCUGACAGUAUUGGUGAAUAAUGUUUCACGUUGUUUUGGGGGUUUUUUUGCUUUCUUUUGUACCAUAUUGUCAAAAUAUCUUGGAUGGUGUAACCACAAACAUUACAGCAUGUAUUGUGGACUUUUUUGUUCAGUUUGUUGUUGCUCGUAUUUUUGCCUUGUCAUUAAAGUUUGGGCACUCGACUGAAAAUAAAGAUUGUAUUAACAUUUCUGA